UGACAUUUAAUUGAAAACUGGUGAUAAAUCAAAAUAAACGCCAACUGCAAAUCGCUGGUAAUCAAAAACAGAAAUAAUGGACAAUUUUCAGUUACAAGAUGAUGUGCAAUCCCUGCAAAAAUUGAGAGAGCACUACGAGCAUCAAUUGCGCCUGAUGGGACUCGAACUUUGUGAUUUGCCGGAUGAUGUCGGCGCUAUGUUGGAAGAAUGUGUGGCACUCCAACAAGUAACACAACUACAUGAUCUUCAAUUGGAAUACUUAAAAGAAUUUUAUUAUAUCAAGCGGAGAGAGCACUUAGAAAACAAUCUUACUGCCGAAAAAAUGUUAGCAGAGAUUAAAGAACAAGAGAAGCAGCUGCAGAAAGAAAUAACAGAAGCUAAUUUGCUUGAAAAAUUCACAACAUCAGUAAAUAAGAGGCUGAUUUCCGAAUCAGAAAUGCAACGCAACAAAAUUUUGAUAGAGGGCAAAAUACAAACAUUAAAGGAAAGACAGAGUGCAUUCAAUAUCCCAGACGAUUUGAAUCUCGAUGAACUGGUUAAUAAGGUUGAGCGGUUGGAAAAAACAAAAUCGCUGGAUAAAUAGACGACAUGUAGAGAUAAUAGUUGCCUACAAGCGUAUAUGAAACAAAAAAAAAUGUCGCCAACAGUUCUGGUUCUGAAAUUUUAUAGAAAAAUCGACAAUUGU